AUGGAUCGAAUAUCACAGCAGAACUCUUCCGAAAACGACCAAGUCACUGUGCAAACUUCUUCUCUAGCCAAGAAAGCCGCGGAAGGAUUAGCAGGACUUUAUGAUUCUGAUGGUGAAGAUACGCAGGAGAAGGAGGGAGGUUUAGAUGCAACUUUCCUUGUCCGGAAUAAACCCGCCGAAGUCGAGAAAUAUGUCAUCCACUUGAGGAAGCAGCUUCUUGAAGGUGAAGGUGAAACUUUAGUGGAGCUUGGAAUUCCUAUAGGAAGUACAGGAAGAGGGUCGGGAUUGACUGAUGAGGAGUUAGCAAAAGCCGUGGCUAAUCAUAACGAAAUUCUGAAGACUGUACCGGCUAUUGGAACGAAAUAUGAAACUAGACAGAAUGGAAAGAAGUUCACUGAAGUUUGGCUUGUUAGAGAUCCUAUGAAUGAAGACGAUUUUAUUGAAGUAAGGGUGGCUGUAGUUGGAAAUGUAGAUGCUGGAAAAUCUACUCUUCUUGGAGUGUUAACGCAUAGCUCCCUUGACGACGGACGUGGUUUGGCUAGAACAAAGCUGUUCAGACAUAAACACGAGUUCGAAUCUGGGAGAACUUCCUCUGUAGGAAAUGAUAUUCUAGGUUUUGACGUUCAAGGAAAUGUAGUUAAUAAGCCUGAUCCCCAUAACCACAAUUUGGAUUGGGUACAAAUCAGUAGAGAUAGUAGCAAGCUUAUCACUUUCAUUGAUUUGGCUGGACAUGAAAAAUAUCUGAAAACAACCAUUUUUGGAAUGACCGGCCAUAUGCCGGAUUAUACAAUGCUGAUGGUUGGAGCAAAUAUGGGAAUAAUUGGAACAACCAAAGAACAUCUUUCUCUUGCGCUGUCGUUAUCUGUUCCAGUUUUCAUCGUGGUCACCAAAAUAGAUAUGUGCCCACCUCAGAUCUUGGAGGAGACUAUGAAGAACAUUGGAAGAUUAGUGAAAAGUGCCGGUGCUCGUAAAAUUCCUGUGAUGGUUCGUAAUACUAACGAUGUCAUCCACGCAGCCGUCAAUUUCCCCAGCAAAAGAGUUUGCCCAAUUUUCCAAGUUUCCAAUGUUGAGGGAACAAAUCUCGGACUAUUACGCCAAUUCCUGAACAUAGUUCCAUUGAGGCGUACAUUAAACGAGAACGAUCCUGCUCAUUUCCAGAUAGAUGAUGUGUAUUGGGUUGAAGGUGUUGGAACAGUAGUGAGUGGAACUGUGUUAGCUGGAACAGUUCGUGUUAAUGAUACUCUUCUUCUAGGCCCUAACUCGAUUGGAGAAUUCGUACCUCUACCAGUGAAGUCUAUUCACAGAAAGAGGAUGCCUGUGACCUCUGUACGUUGUGGUCAAACUGCAUCGUUUGCUUUAAGGAAAAUCACUAAGCGUGAAGUAAGAAAGGGAAUGGUGAUGGUUGAUCCCAAGUUGGAGCCAAUGGCAAGUAUGUCUUUCGAGGCUGAGGUUCUGAUCCUACAUCAUCCAACUACUAUAAAGCCUAAUUAUCAAGCCAUGUUGCACAUUGGUUCUAUUCGCCAAACUGCUACUCUAGUGAGCCUGGGAAAGCAAGAAGUUCUCCGUACUGGUGAUCGUGACAAAGUGAUGUUUAAAUUCAUAAGAUUCCCUGAGUAUAUAAGACCAGGAACUCGAAUGGUCUUCCGUGAGGGUCGCACUAAAGCUGUUGGUACAGUUGUGAAUGUUAUUCCACAAGCCACUCUAGCACAACAGAGAGCAAAAAUAAAGGACAAAACCAACAGACCAUUUGCAAAACGAGGGCCAAAACCACCUAACGGAAAGCCGAAAGAUAAGAAAGAAGGCGAGCAAUCCGUUCAGGAUAAAUGA